UUGGACAAAUACCCAGCACUAUUUUAUAUAUAAUUAAUAGAUUUAGGAAUCUACAAAAACCUGGUAUAAUGAGUGAAGAAAUAUCUGUUUGCAGCAGGGAACAUUCCAUAAAAAUAAGUAAUAUGCAUAAUCAUGAUGUCGUUAGUAAUUCUGUUAUAUUACUAAGAGGUACUGUAAGAAAUACUAGCACAUGCAAUAAUAGCAUUAUUAUUAACCAUUAUCACAAUGGAGAAAUCAUACAAACGUUUAUGUGCAAUGUCCACAAUUCUGUCUUCAAAUGUCUAGUACAACUGAAAUUAUCAAUAAACCAUUUUGAACUUAAAUAUUGCAGCAACACCAUUAACUGCAAUGUAGACUAUAAAGUGAUCAGUACUGUUCAUACUGUGGCACCGGUUUUAAUUAUAUGUGACAACCACGAUGGCACUAUUUCUGCUCCAGAUGAAUAUUCAAAAUCUUUAGAAAGCAGUCGCAGCAGAUUGAUGCUUGCUGUACAAUUGAUGCAAUAUUUCUUUGCUGAAAAAGUUUAUGAGUACACAAAUGCACACAAAACUUUUAACAUCGAAUACGAAGACGAUUUACCUAAAAUUUAUGUCCACAAAAGCAAGUUAGAUGUAAAUCUUGCAAAUGAAAUGAACGAAAUAGAAUUAUGGCAAUAUUUUGCAAAAGAACUCAUGAUGUCGAAACUGUCCUCGCCGAAACGCAAGUUUUUAGCUGUAAUCACAAACACUGAGUACAAAAGUAGUGAUGCGACAAGUUUGUGCUAUGAUGAUAUUAAAAAACUGACCAAUUGCUAUGCAAGUGUGGGUAAAGGGAAUCUAGCUUUAUUUGGAAAUCCUUUCUUUUACACCUGGCCUGUGGAAAUAAGUGAAGUACAAAAUCGUUUUCAGGACAACGUGCUAGAGUCCUUUAUUACCCAAAACAAAGAAGUUGAUCCUGUGAUAAAAACCAUUGGAGGUUGUUACUCGUUCAGUUUUGGGGCUGCUCUUCAUGAACUUGCUCAUAUAUUUGAUUUGGGGCAUACUCAAUAUGGUUUAAUGGGUCGUGAAUAUUUUAACAUAGAUAAAGUGUUCAGUUUUGGACGAUACGACUUGAAUCCACAAGCUCCUUACAGUGAUUUAAAUACAAGUAAUGAUGAUAAUAAAAGCAUGAGCUGUAAUAGGAAGUCCUUCACAGUUUUUAAAAAGCCAGUAAAGCCUCAAGUUACUCAAUUUGCAAAGAUAGACAAAGGUUGUGCCUACAUUCUAUUUCUCCAUAAAUGGUUUAACAAUCAUGCUGAAACCAAAGAAGCCUUUAGUUAUGACUUCAGUUCAAAUGAGCUCUUUACUGCUAAUUGUUUAGGUGUAGUACAACUUAGACAAUUAGAGAGCGAACUUGUUGCAUAUAGUUUCUUGGCUGAUUCUGAAACAUACAAAUGGGUGAGGCCUGCUGAAUUUCGUAAUAAAUCAAUGUAUUUAUUAGCGAUAGACGUAUUUGGUAAUACUUUUAAUUGUAUUACCACAAGAUGAGUGAGAAUUAACACUCGAUGAAACAAAGGGUAACUUGUUAAUUAUGAGCAGAUGGAGUAAUAAUAUUUUAUACACCAUAAAUUAAGGAAUCACUUUGUGUUGGCUGUGAAGAUUGAAAGGAUUAAAAAUGCUGAUGAGCUAAAGAAGAUUUUUUCAAUUAAAAAAGGGAAAAUGAUAACAAAUUAUUGAGAUAUUUGAAUUCUAGUCAAUAUAAUAAAUAUGUUUUAUACCAAUUGCAAUGUUUAUACUCAUUUUUAUAUCUUAUAAUUGAAACUAAAAUGUUUAUAACAGGAAUUA